UAGAAAACUCAAAAUCUCCAAUAUUUCUUCAUGAAUUAGCUGGAAGAAUUACUUCAGCAGGAAAAUACAACCUUAAUCUUGACGCAGAAUUCAUAAUAAAGAAAGGAUUUAGAAUAAAAUAUGAAGAUACCGAUUCUUUGUACCUCACCUGUCCAGAUAGAUAUUACAAAAAAUGUGAUGAAGCCUUCUUCAGAAAAGAACUUUCUAAAGAAGCAUACUGGACUGAAAUGGUUAAAAUUACUAUGAAUGUGAUGAAAAGAUUAGGCAAUCAAGUAAACGCUUAUCUUAGAAUUAAAAAGUGGGAUGUCUUAUCUAAAUAUAGUAUAUUAAGAGGCACUACAGUUGGAAUUUGUGCAUAUUUUGUCAAUAAGAAUGAUAGCUUUCUACUCCUUCCAUCAGAUAAAAUAAUGCAGAUUAAAGAUUCAGAUAAAAGGAAAAAGGAGAUUGAUAUAUAUUCCUAG